UUUUUUUUUUUUUUAAUAAUGUGGAAACGAGCAAUUGCAAAUACAAUUUUACAACAGAAUCCCGGUCUCGAUGUUGAUUGCAGUCAGUUUCAGACUUGUGGGUCUUGUAUAGCACAAGAAGGUUGUGGAUUUUGCGGAGGGUCUGGGAGCUGUGUAAGCGGUGGAUGGUUUGGGGCAUUAGAUAAAUCUACAUGCGGUUUAGGCGAUUAUUAUUACCACCAAUGUCAUAUGUCUACUUUACCGCUGGGUAUUAUCAUGAUUGUGCUGACAAGUAUAGUGGUUAUUGGUGUUCUGAUUGGCAUGGGAAUAUUGUGCUGUUGUCUAUGUUGCAAAUGUUGUGGUGAUAGCGAUACAGAAGAAGACGAUACAGGCGAGGAUAGACCGUUGUUAGGGUCCCGUUAUUUAAAAAGAUCGUCUACGUACUACCAAUGGAAUCGACCCCCACCCCAGCAAAAUGAAGAGACCAACAAAAAAAAGAUGGCAGUAUUAGACGAGACGAGUCAUAAUGAAGGGGACACGAGCACUAAUAAGAACUGGGAAGAUAGACGUAAAGCACUCUUAAAGAAAUAUUCACGUGAACCAGUGACAAAUUAAAAAGGCUUGCAUGUGAAAAAGCGAAAUAAAAAAAAAAG